AUGCACGCCCGAAAUCGGUGCAGCGCCCUCGUCGGCCCGUUCCGUCUCGUGCUUUUCACAGUCUUUUCAGCCAUCAACACGACCUAUCCGUCCAACACAAUGUCCGACACUGUUGAAAAGACCGCAGUCAGUGCCACCACCACCACACCCACUGAAAAACAGCCCGCACUCCAACCUCUCGAUGCCUCCUCCGCCACUACCCUCCAAGAGGAGCAGCCCGUCCGCCAGAAGUGGUACCAGUGGUUCUCACCGAGCGACACGCCCGAGGAGCGGCGUCUCAUUCUCAAGCUGGACCUCCUCAUCCUCGUCUUCGUCUUCCUCGCCUACUGGGCCAAGGUGCUCGACCAGUCGGCGCUGAGCGCGGCCUACGUGAGCGGCAUGCGGGAGGACCUGCACCUCUUUGGCAACGAGCUCAACUACCUCAACACGGCGUACAUGGUGGGCUACAUCACGCUGCAGGUGCCGCUGACGCUGCUCAUGACGCGGCUCUCGGCCAGCUGGUGCAUCCCCGCGGCCGACGUGCUCUGGGGCGUGCUCACGCUGGCGCAGUACCGCGUCAACAGCGUCGGCCCGCUCUACGCCGUGCGCUUCCUCAUCGGCGCCGCCGGCAGCCUCUUCUUCCCGGCCGUCCAGUGGUACCUCGGGUGCUGGUACACGCGGGCCGAGGCCGGCCGCCGCGGCGCCCUGUUCUUCGUCGCCAGCCAGGUCGGCGCCAUGAGCGCGGGCUACAUCCAGUCGGGUGCAUACGCAUCGCUGCACCUGCGCGCCGGCAUCGAGGGCUGGCGCUGGCUGUACAUCAUCUGCUUCGCGUGCACCAUACCCGUCGCCGUGCUCGGCUUCGUCUGCCUGCCGGGCCUGCCCGAGGCGCCGCGGCUGACGUUUCUGACGGCGCGCGAGGCGGCGCUCGCGCGGGCCCGCAUGCGCCGCGACCGCACGGAGCCGCGCAGGCCGCUGACAUGGGCGGCCGCGCGGCGCACGCUCGCGGGCUGGCACUUUUGGGUGCUGGUGGGCUUCGCCUUCUUCUUCUCGCAGGCGGACGGCGUGUCGGCCAACAGCGGGCUGCCGCUGUGGCUCAAGGCCGAGGGCUACGGCGUCGCGGCCAUCAACACAAUCACGACGGUCUCGCCGGCGGUGACGAUUGCGGCGGCGCUCGUCUGCGGCGUGCUGUCGGACGCGCACGCCGACGCCAAGGUGCCGCUGAUUGCGGCGACGGCGGUGCUCAACGCGCUGGCGGCGGCGGUGCUGGCCGUGUGGCGCGUGCCGGCCGGCCUGACCCUGGCCGCGUUUUUCCUCGCGGGCUCGGCCAAUGGCGUCGCGCCCGUCGUGUACGCCUGGGCCAACGAGGUGUGCGCGGGCGACGCCGAGGAGCGCGCGCUGGUGCUGAGCAGCAUGAACACGGUGGGCAACGCGUUUGGCGCGUGGCUGCCGCUGUUUGUGUGGAAGACGACGGAUGCCCCGCGGUACCGGAUCGGGUACGCGUGGGCUGUUGGUGUGGAUGGCGGCGUGCUGGUCAUGGUGUUUGUGCUGCGGUCGUUUUGGAACCGCGAACAGGCGGCGCGGGGAGCCGGCGGAGGGCGGCGCGGCAAUGGGGAGUGA